AUGUCUGUCUCUAUACAGGAGCUGGACACAACCGUCCAGGCCUUCUAUGAAGGCAAAGGCGACUUGCAAAAACAAGCCCAACAGACCUUGACAGAAUUCAAACAAAAUCCGGAUGCCUGGUUGAUUGUCGGAAACAUACUUCAGGAAUCACAAUACCCUCAGACUAAAUUCCUCGCCCUUCAAGUUCUUGACGAUGUAAUCAUGACACGAUGGAAGGUUUUACCAAGGGAUCAGUGCCUGGGAAUUCGCAACUUUAUCGUUAACUUUAUCAUCGAGAACUCCAAAUCUGAGGAGAAGCUAAGAAGUGAACGGGCGUUCUUGAACAAGCUUAACUUGGUUCUCGUCUCCAUACUGAAACAAGAAUGGCCGCAUAACUGGCCAACUUUUAUCAACGAAAUUGUCUCAUCGUGCCACACAAGUCUUUCAAUCUGUGAAAACAACAUGGCAAUCCUCCGACUACUGUCCGAAGAGGUGUUCGACUUCUCUCAAGAUCAGAUGACGUCGGUCAAAGCAAGGAACCUGAAGACGACCAUGACACAGGAGUUCUCAUCGAUUUUCCAGCUAUGCUCCGAGGUGCUUACUACCGCGAACCAGCCGAGCCUAGUCAAAGCCACAUUAGAGACGCUCCUUCGUUUCUUGAACUGGAUUCCGCUAGGGUAUAUCUUCGAGACCCCCGUUAUAAAUACCCUCUUAACGCGAUUCCUGGAUGUCCCCGAGUUUCGUAAUGUGACCCUUAAAUGUCUCACGGAGAUUGGUGGCCUGCAAAUCGGAAACCCGUACAACUAUGACGAGAGGCUCAUUCACAUGUUCACGGAAACUUUGACUACAGUAUCAAAAACUAUUCCGUUGUCCAUGGACUUGAAGAACACCUAUGCCAAGAGUAACUCGAGAGAUCAAGAGUUUGUGCUCAACCUGGCACUAUUCCUGUGCAGCUUUUUCAGUGCACACCUCAACCUCGUUGAAAAGUUACCUAACCGGGAUUAUCUCACGCAUGCCCAUUUCUACCUGAUUCGGAUCAGCCAGAUUGACGAUAGGGAGGUGUUCAAGAUCUGCUUGGAAUAUUGGACAAGAUUAGUACAAGAGCUUUACGAAGAGAUGCAGCAGCUUCCAAUUACUGACAUUAACCCCUUGGUGAGCAUGGGAGUGAGUGGUCUGUCCAAUGGGGGUGCUCCGCACCCGAAUACCCUUGCCGGCUACCCCCUCCGCAAGCACAAAUAUGAUGAGGUUCUGUCGAGCUUGCGCACCGUCAUGAUUGAAAAAAUGGUGCGCCCAGAGGAGGUUCUGAUCGUCGAAAACGAAGAGGGUGAAAUUAUCCGCGAAUUCGUCAAGGAAAGCGACACAAUCCAGCUAUACAAAACGAUCCGCGAGUGCCUGGUGUACCUCACACAUCUGGAUGUGAUCGACACGGAGAACAUCAUGAUCGAGAAGCUGGCAAAGCAGGUUGAUGGUACCGAAUGGUCCUGGGCGAACUGCAACACACUUUGCUGGGCAAUUGGGUCAAUAUCUGGUGCUAUGAAUGAAGAGACAGAGAAACGUUUCCUCGUUACUGUCAUCAAGGACCUCUUAGGCCUCACGGAAAUGAAGAGAGGAAAAGACAACAAAGCUGUUGUUGCGAGUAACAUCAUGUAUAUCGUGGGACAGUACCCACGUUUCUUGAAGGCUCAUUGGAAAUUCCUGAAAACAGUUGUUAAUAAGCUGUUUGAAUUCAUGCAUGAGACGCACGAAGGUGUCCAGGACAUGGCUUGUGACACGUUCAUCAAGAUCGCCAAUAAGUGCAGGAGGCACUUUGUUGCGCUUCAGCCAGGAGAGAAUGAAGCGUUCAUUGAAGAAAUUGUUCGCAAUAUGCGAAAAAUCACCUGUGAUCUUUCACCACAGCAGGUUCACACCUUUUACGAGGCUUGUGGCUACAUGAUAUCGGCUCAGGGCCAAAAGGGUCUCCAGGACCGGCUGAUCGAAAACUUAAUGUCACUGCCCAACUCUGCCUGGGAUGCCAUCAUCGCUCAAGCCAAUCAGGACCCGUCUGUGCUACAGGAUGGGGAGACGAUCAAGAUCGUUGGGAACAUUAUGAAGACCAACGUCGCAGCCUGCUCGUCAGUCGGUACAUACUUCUACUCCCAGUUAGGCCGCAUCUACCAUGACAUGUUAAACAUGUUCCGGGCGUCCAGUCAAUUGAUCAACGAUGCUGUUGCGCGCGAUGGCGAUAUUGCGACCAAGACUCCUAAAGUCAGGGGGCUUCGAACAAUCAAGCGGGAAAUCUUAAAACUCAUCGACACGUACGUACAAAAAGCAGACGACUUGGAGAUGGUCAACGCGAAUAUGGUUCCGCCGCUUCUUGAGGCUGUUUUGGUAGAUUACAAUCGCAAUGUACCCAAUGCUCGCGAAGCUGAGGUCUUGAGCGUCAUGACAACGGUUAUUCAGAAGUUGCACAACCUGAUGGAUGAUAAGGUGCCACUCAUCAUGGAAAGUGUCUUCGAAUGCACUCUGGAGAUGAUCAAUAAGGACUUCCAUGAGUUCCCCGACCACAGAAUUCAAUUUUUCAAGCUACUUCAAGCAAUAAACCUUUAUUGUUUCCCGGCUUUGCUGAAACUCGACGCAACGCAAUUCAAAUUCGUCAUCGAUUCUUGCAUGUGGGCAAGUAAGCACGAUAACCGAGAAGUUGAGAACACCGGUCUCACAAUGUGCCUCGAACUCAUGAAUAACAUGGCCGAAAUUGAUGUACAAACGUCAAACAUCUUCUUCCGCCAAUUCUAUAUCCCGAUCUUGCAGGAUGUAUUUUUCGUUCUCACGGACAGCGAUCACAAAGCAGGUUUCAAGUCUCAGGCUUCCUUGCUGUCGCGGAUGUUUUAUUUCAUCGAAGCCGGCAAGAUUCAAGAUCCCAUCUACUCUCCUGAACAAGCACCUAUUGGCACUUCCAAUAAAGACUUCCUUCAGAAAUACGUCGCAGAUCUUUUACAAGCUGCUUUCAAGAAUCUGCAAGAAAUCCAAAUCAAACAAUUCGUUGUUGGCUUGUUUACAUACAACGAUGACUUCAACAAGUUUAAGACCCACCUCCGUGAUUUCCUAAUCUCGUUGAAAGAGUUUGCAGGAGAUAAUGCUGAGCUCUAUGCCGAGGAAAGGGAACAGGCUCUGAAAGAUGCAAAGGCUGCUGAGCGUGAUCGGGCAAUGAGGGUAGGAGGGCUCCUGAAGCCGUCAGAAAUGGACCAUGAUGACGAGCUAUGA